CAAUCACGGAAGGAUCAAUAAGAACUUGGCUAAAACAUUUAUUUUGAGUAUAAAAAUAUUAAAUGAUAAUUGCAGAAAUUUGUAAGAAGAGAAAUAUAUAACAAAGAAAAUUAAAAUAAAUCUUAGUAUCUCUUUUCUAUAUGUAUAUAUGAAUAUGAACAUAUAUAUGAGAUCCAUCUCUAAUAAGUAUAUAUCAUAUAUAAAGCAAAUUUAGGUAUCAUGCUACAUAUACACAGCUAAUUUUCUAGGUAACAUGGCUAGAAACGCACAUUUUUUAUAGAUGUAUGAUUACUUAUUGAUUAGUCCUCUGUUACUGGCUAUUUAGAAGGAGUUCCAUUUUUAUGCAUUAUAAAUCAUACAGAUCACACUUCUUUUUACAUAAAUCUUUGUUUAAAUAUUUGAUUAUUUCCUUGGGACGGACUUCUAGAAGUAGAAAUACUAAAUCACAAGGUAAAACCAUUUUUUAAGGCCCUUAAUAUAUACGUUCAUCAAAUUGCCAUUGAGAGGGACCAUGCCAACUUAUAACACCAACAUAAUACAAUAAUUCCUAUUUUACAGCAGUCAUAUUUACUGAGAAUAUUUUUAAAACACUUAGAUAGACCAAAAAAAAUAUUGAAAUGUAAUUUCCUUCAUUAUGAGUGAAGGUAGUUUUUUCCCCAUAUUUUUAUUAGCCAUGAUCCCAUAAGAAAUAAACUGCUGCAAAACAAUGAACAGGAUUGCAACAGUUCCACGGGAAAGCACUCUGUAAAGAAUAAGUAGGAUCUUAGGUUAAGACCAAAAAAGGGAAUAUUUAUCAGGUGCCUCCUUUGCCCAGGACUGUGUUGGAAUAAUGAACCAUGUUUGGCUAUGUGUAACUAAAGCUACUUUUAUCUAGGUUGUCUCUAAUAAGCCUCCUAACCAUUCCAUGAGAAAAGUACCUGCUAUGGAUUGAUUUAUGCCCACCCCUCCUCCAAAAUUCAUAUGCUGAAGCCCUAACCCCCAAUGUGACUAUAUUUGGAGACAGGGCUUUUGGGAGGUAAUUUAGGCUACAGAGGUCAUAGAGGUGGGGCCCUAGUCCAAUAGGAUUCACGGCCUUAUAAGAAGAGAAAGAGAGAGCCAUCACUCUCCUGGUGUGCAUGCACUCAUGAAAGGCCAUGUAAGGACACAGCAAGAAGGCAGCCGUCUAUAGGGUAGGAAAAGAGGUCUCACCAGAACCUGACCAUGCUGGCACCCUGACCUCGGAUUUCUAGACUCCAGAGCUAUGAGGAAAUAAAUUUCUAUUGUUUAAGCCAUGCACUCUAGAGUAUUUUGUUUGAGUUGCCUGAGCAGACUAAGUGUGAGAUGGGAGAAGGAGAGCCUUUUGAAGCCAGACUUCUUGAAAUCAAAUCCCAGCCUUCCUGCUCACUAGCUCUAAGACUUUGGGCAAGUUGUGUGACUUUUCUGUGACUCAGUUUCCUCAUCUAUAAAAUGAUUUCAUACAUUUAUUUUUUAAAUUUUUUGAGGGGAAAAUACUUGGGACAAUGACUGGCACAUAUAUAUGGUGUAUAUGUGUGUGAGCUUGUUUUUAUGGUAUCUUUUCGAAUUAUAAUGCAAAAUAUGAAUCAUGGUUUUUUCUCUGGAUCUUAAAUUAUGGAAUCUAAGAAUUUUAGAAAACUAGCCAAUUCUCUGUUACUUUUACAGCCAUGAGUGAUAUGUUCUGUCAACCUGUAAAUAUAAGGAUCAAUCCACUCAUACCCGACCCUAAGCCACUGACGUUUGAUGGUACGACCUCUCAGGGAUCACCGAGGUUCAGAGAAACCAAAUACACGUUAAAACAGAGCCCUUGGUAAGAUGAACCCGUAAUCCCUCUAAGUAGAAAAGAAUUUUCAAACUGAGGGUCACAAUGUAUUAGUAGGCUGUGAAAUCAAUCUCAUGAUUUGCAACCAGCAUUUUUUAAAAAAUAAAAUAAACUAGAUGAAAAUAUAUCAGAAUGCACUUAAGAUAGUAUUGUUUUCAGAAUUUAUGUUUCAUAUGUGUGUGUAAGUGCACAUGUGAGCAUGUAUGUGAGACAGAGAGAGUGAAAGAGACUUUUCUACCUCACUUUGCAAUCAGAAGUUUGAAAGUCUCAUCAUCUCAUUUCCUCUUCAGAAGUAUUUCAAAUGUAGACUCUCUCUUUUCCCACACUCUCUCCUCAAAUGAAGCUCUUGUCUUUCUUCUGAGACUAUUACAACAGACUACCAACCUCUGACAUUAGGCUUUCCACAAUAAUUGUUUAUGUGAAAAAUCGAAAAUCAAGGCAACUACAACAAGCAUACAAGAAGACAACUACUACAAAAACACACAAGCUCUCUCCUUAAAAGCCUCCAGUGGUUGCCCAGUCUGUAGAAUGUCACCAAAUUUCUCACGCAGGCAUUUGCGGAUCUUUGCAAGAUGGUCCUUAUGGGAUUUUCCUUUGCUGAACCCUGGACUCUGGUCAUAUUACACCGUUCCCUCCACAUCCUCCUGGAAGGCCAGGCCUUGAAACUCUUAUACACCUCUGAGAAAGCUGAGUCCUAGAACAAGCCCAGAGAAACAUCCUAGACAUUAUUCCAAUAACUUUUCCCACAGCUCUGCAGGACACCUGCCAGCCCAGUCCUGUUAGAGAUCUGGAUCUGUUGUUUCCACUGAGCUCUUCAGACCAGGGUUCCUGCCUCAUAUUUUAUAGUUAAUUAAGUGCAGGGAUUGUAUCUGUUUCCUUACAUAUUCUUUUUGAGGGUGGAGGGUGAAGAGGGUGGGUGUGGGUAUAGGGGUAAGGUUUGAACUAAUGAAACCAGAAGCAAAACUCAGUUCAAGAUGCCCUCUACAAGGCGGACCUGAUUUUGGCCAAGCAGAUAUCAUGUGUGAAAUCCAGGUAAUUUACUCCAUGCUUGAGGGUCUGCUAUCAAGCCUUAGGGACUGAGAAGUGGUUUUAGUCACAAGCAAUCCACAUGCCUGUAGAUCAUUGUUUAUUAGAUUGUUUGCCCAAAUAAGGUGUUAUCCUGAAGUUUUUUGACAAUUCUAAAAGAAUCUUCCAACUCUGCAGUGAGACAUCUAAGAUAUCUGUGUUACUUCCCUCAUAUACAUAAAUAAUUUUCAAUAAAAAUCAGGGCGUGAAUAAUUUAUUUUCUCCACCAACUGAAAGCCAACCAUUUGGAAGACCAGUUAGAAGAGAUGAGAUAAGUCAUUCAUUAAAAAUCACUUUUAUAUUUACACGGAAAAGGGGAAGUUUUGUGCUUCCCUUUGAAUUUUGUUGAAAAUCGAGGGCUUUAUUGAACAGUUUUGGCAUGCAGGGUCAUUUUUCAUUAAAAGGCAAAAAGGCAUCUGAAAUCUGUAUCUCCAUGGUUUAUUCAGCAGUGGAACCUGGGCGAUUCCGUGCAGAGGGUAUUCGAGGCAUUCAACUUUUGGCAGGGAAACAAACACAAAUGCUCCUUCCCCAAGGGGCGGGGGCGGUGCCUGAGCGACGCACCAAUCACAGCGCGCCCUGCCCUAUAUAAGGCCCUGAGGCCCGUUCAGUAGUUUAUGCUAUUUGCUAGGUGGUACGUAUUGCUCUACUCUAAUGUAAUGUCUGAGAUGGUGCCCGUUGCUUUAGCGGACCGGGUUCCACCGUCCAUGGAGAAACCUCCCCCCCAAAAAAGGGGCAAGAAGCCGGUUGGUUUGACGGGUGAAAGUCGCAAGACCACAAGCGCCUCAUUGUCCAAGUUGAUCAUCGAGGCCCUUUCCAUUUCUCAAGAGAGAGCUGGCAUGUCUGUGGUAGCGCUGAAAAAGGCGCUAGCAGCCGUGGGCUAUGACGUGGAGAAGAACAACAGCCGCAUCAAGCUGGGUCUCAAGAGCCUGGUUAGCAAAGGAAUUCUGGUGCAGACCAGGGGUACCGGUGCUUCCGGCUCUUUCAAGCUCAGCAAGAAGGUUGCUGCUGAGCCCCCCAAGGGAAAGGUCAAGAAGCCUGCUUCUACCAAGACGAAGAAGCAUGUCUUGGCCGGAGACUCCAAAUCUCCGCAGAAAGCUAAGACCAACAAAAGAGCAAAGGCGCCGAGGACAACAAUGGCUGAGAAAGCAGGUUCGAGUGGCAGAAAAGCUAAAGGCGCCAAGGGCAAGCAACAACGGCAAAGUCCAGCGAAGGCCAGAGCAGGGAAGCCCAAGGCUGGGAAUUCUAAACUGACCCAGCUGAAGACUAAUCCUAGGAAAGCAACAACCAAGAAGUAACAUUUCGGCAACGGCCAGUUUUCAUAGAACCCAACGGCUCUUUUAAGAGCCACUCAAAUGAUUUUGAGGGUGUAACAUUGCGUGUUCAGAAGACCCCGGAAGAAAAGACUAUUCGUCAACUUUAUCGCUUGACAAUGAGCAAGAUUGUGAUUUCGUGAGAGUGUCUUGUCAGACAAACGGUACAGCCUCUGAAGAGCUUCGGAUACUCAAUGGUACGCUGACUGCCCAGUUCCAGAAAGUUAGGUUGUCCAUCCUAAUAAAAACAAGGCACAUUCCUUGUAUGUAAGUUCCUAAAUGCUUAGAGAAGUGCUGGAUUUUAAGUCGAGAGAGGAGAGAUCAGCUCCGUGCCCAACCAUACCUGACCAUGUUUUUUCACCUAAUGAUACUCUAGUAUAUGAUUUAACGUGCCUUUCCAUGUAAGAUUUCUGAACUCAGUCUCCAUGGACUUUACAGGGGUUAAUAUACAGAAACCAAGGUCUCAGUUUGGAUUAGUGAGAAGUUUACCUCUCGUUAAACAGAUUUCUUUCCACUAUGAUUCGUUGCGUAAAUCACAGAUGUUUCCGUUUUACAUCUGCAAGAAUAUUGAAAUGCCUUUCACCUUCAUUAGUUUGCAAGUAGUUACCAGAUGACUUUAUAUAUUAAGCACAUACUGUUACAUUAAAAUUUGGUUUGAUAAUAUCAUUAGUCUUAAUAUAAUUGUUCUCUAUUUAUGAAGAGAAUGAUCGGCUUGUUCAGGUUGUGCUACACAGGCUGAAAAACUUUAACUCUAAAACGUGUGGAGAUGUUGGAGGUUCAAAUAUUAGGGUGUGACCUUUAAAUCACAAACCUGCUUGUACUAGGAAACGCUUAGGGUCGGAGUUAAAGCAUCUUUUCCGCUUUAAACAGUUUAGUUUGUUUUCACUUAGUUUGUAAUUUAGCGUUCUUAAAGAUCCUCGUAAAAUAAAUUUAUACUGUUAAUCUUAUUUGGGCCUUGGUAUUGGGGGCGACUUCGAACAAAGCCCAUUGCAAAACUACGUAAUUAAUGCAGUCACACAUACAAACAUGUUCUAUAUCCUGUCUGAAUUCAUUUGUAUAAUCGGGCCACAGAAAAAAAAAUUAAUUGUAUCCUAUAUGGAAAACGACUAAAUACAAUGGUUUCAAUUUGUACAGAAUCAGCCACAGCCCUGCUUUGCUUGGAUAAGGUGGCCAUUGUUUCCCUCUGAGGUUGGAGUUGGGAUAGUGCAGGAAAAUUCUUCACUUGCUGGACAAGGCAGUGAGCUACUUCUCUGUGUCCAGCAGUGGACUGACCCCAGACUAUCACCGCAAAGAGAAAGGAGGAACAACUGGCUUCAUCCCGCCCAGAAGCCAGCCGACCUCCCGGCACUACUCCAACCUGUGUAGAAGCGGCUCGGCCACUCUGCGCCUUUGUUCCUCGGGCCCAUUAGCGCCUGGAUUGCAUCGGAUUAAAAAGUUAACCAAUGAACGUUUUCCCUUAAGUUCCGGGUACCGGUAUGAAACCCCUUGUUUUGGCCAAUAGGAAAACAGCCUUGUAACACCACCCUCCGCAAUUAAACAGUGGUUUCUUCGCCACACUGAGAA